AUGACCAAGAAGAACUUCAUCCUGUGUUCCUUUGUGGUUUGGAACCUUUGGCUUGCUAAGAACGAGCUCAUCUUCAAAAGAGAUAAUUGGACCCAUUCUGAUGUAAUAUGCAAAGUUGAAGUUUUCUUUAACAAGUUUAAUCGAGUCAAGUCUCAUGAAGAGGUUGUGGAUCAUCCUGCUGCUACUCCACCAAGGCAAGGCCAACAUCCAGUUUGGAUUCCUCCUCCUUUUGAUGUGGUGAAAAUCAAUGUUGAUGCAUCAUUUGUUAUGGAUAAGUCUUUUGGUGCCUUAGGCUUUAUCAUUCGUAAUCAUAAUGGAUCUCUAUUGCUUGCUGCAUCGAAUUCAACACCAAUGUACUCAAUCAUUAACAGGGAAGCUGAAGCAAUUAAGGAAGGUAUUUUGGAAGCAAUUGGUUUAAGAUAUUUUCUCCUAUGGGUGGAAUCAAACAACCUAGAGGUGAUGACUGUCCUUUCAAACGAUUCCAGCUGUAUUCCUUUUCAAAUCUGGUCUAUCAUUGAGAAUAUCAAGUAA